UAUUUUACAUUCCCAGCACAUCUCAAUUCUGGUUAGCCACAUUCCAAAUGGACAGUGGCCACAUGUGGCUAGUGAGUACGGUAUUGGGCAGUACAGGACUAAAGCACAGGCCACGGUGAUGCCCUCCAGGUCCCCCUAUGCAUGCAAUGAACCCUCUAGGCCAAAUUCUAGGAGAGCACCAAGUGACAUCAUAAGCAAGAGAGUGUUUAGAAUUGGCUCACAUGCCCGAAUCCCAGCCGGGGUUUGCCGAUGAAGGUAACUGGAAAGCAAAGGGGAGGGCUGCGUGGGUGGGAACCUCCGUGUGCCUUAAGGUCUGGGAGCCGGAAGGAGGCCACUCGGGGGGCGCGCUUAUGCAGGAGGUAUGGGAACUUGGUGGAGGGCCGAAUCCUGCCUCAUGGGCAGGUAGGACUUUACUGGGGCGACGCUCAGGCUGACGGUUGUUCCUUCUAUUUCUUCCCUCGCCCUUCCCACCUCCCAGCGGUGGUCUUCGGUGCCUGGGCCGAGGAGGCCUGCACGCGCACCUGCCCCACCGCCUGCGCCUGCAGCAGCACGGAGCGCGGCUGCUCUGUGCGCUGUGACCGCGCCGGCCUCCUGCGGGUGCCGGCUGAGUUUCCGUGCGAGGCGGCCUCCAUCGACCUGGACCGGAACGGCCUGCGCUUCCUGGGCGAGCGGGCCUUUGGCACGCUGCCGUCGCUACGCCGCCUGUCGCUGCGCCACAACAACCUGUCCUUCAUCACGCCCGGCGCCUUCAAGGGCCUGCCACGCCUGGCCGAGCUGCGCCUGGCGCACAACGGCGAGCUGCGCUACCUGCACGCUCGCACCUUCGCCGCUCUCGGCCGCCUCCGCCGCCUCGACCUGGCCUCCUGCCGCCUCUUCACCGUGCCCGAGCGCCUCCUGGCCGAGCUGCCGGCCCUGCGCGAGCUCGCCGCCUUCGACAACCUUUUCCGCCGCGUGCCCGGCGCGCUGCGCGGGCUGGCCAACCUGACGCAUGCGCACCUGGAGCACAGCCGCAUCGAGGCGGUGGCCUCCAGCUCGCUGCUGGGCAUGAGGCGCCUGCGCUCUCUCAGCCUGCAGGCCAACCGCGUCCGCGCGGUGCACGCAGGCGCCUUCCGCGACUGCGGCGCCCUGGAGCACCUGCUGCUUAACGACAACCUGCUGGCCGAGCUGCCCGCCGAAGCCUUUCUAGGCCUGCGCCGCCUGCGCACGCUCAACUUGGGCGGCAACGCGCUGGGGCUCGUGGCGCGCGCCUGGUUCGCCGACAUGGCCGAGCUUGAGCUGCUUUACCUGGACCGCAACAGCAUCGCCUUCGUGGAGGAGGGCGCCUUCCAGAACCUCUCGGGCCUCCUCGCCCUGCACCUCAAUGGCAACCAACUCACUGUGCUGGCCUGGGCCGCCUUCCAGCCUGGCUUCUUCCUGGGCCGCCUCUUUCUCUUCCGCAACCCGUGGCGCUGUGACUGCCGCCUGGAGUGGCUGCGCGACUGGAUGGAGAGCUCCGGGCGCGUGGCCGACGUGCCGUGCGCCGCCCCGGGCUCCGUGGCCGGCCUGGACCUCAGCCAGGUGGCCUUCGGGCGCUCUUCCGAUGGCCUCUGUGUGGACCCGGAGGAGCUGAACUUCACCGCAUCCAGCCCAGGCCCGUCCCCAGAGCCAGCGGCCACCACCGUGAGUAGGUUCAGCAGCCUCCUCUCCAAGCUGCUGGCCCCGAGGGUCCCGGUGGAGGAGGUGGCCAACACCACCGAGGGGCCGCUCGACACCUCCCUGUCCGACAGCCUUCCCUCCAGUGGGCUGGUUGUCUCUGGCCACGACACCCGGUUUCUCCUCAGCUCUGGCUUCCUGCUCAGCGUGGUGUUCGUCCUAAGCAUGGACUAACCUUGCCUCACUGGGGUAGCCCAGAUGGCCUUGGCCAGUGGGGGAAGGUUUAGCUAACUGGGCUUGAGCGUAUUUGUGGUGGGGGGAGAGGGGAACAGGACGGGGGGCAGGUGUUGAUGGAAGGGACAGUUUACUUUCAGAUAUGGCUCUAGGAAGAGGAGAACCCGGGGAAAUGCCACGCGGGGGAUGGGGUGGAGGUGGGAAGAGGAAUGGAUUUCCGCUCAUGUCACAUGAGCAUCAAUUGGAGAAGACAAGCAAGAGUGAACAUGGGCCCUCCCGAGAGAAAAUUAGGAAUUGGAACCUCCUAGGGCUACAGGGCUCUCCCCCCAUCCCUUGCCCCCAUCUUCCAGGAAACAGGGACUGCAGUGCCUGAAUUAGACUGUGCCAGUUUUCCUGGUGGGACAGCCCAUUAAGCCCGGUCCCUUUGUUUUCCACUAUAGUUACCCUCCUCCUCCCGCAGGGGAAGGGGACACUAGAGUCCAGGAAGAUGGACAGAAGGAGAGAGAAGGGCGAUGUGAGAGGAACUUAGACCCAAGGGGUUGGUGGUGGUUCCAGGGGUAUGGAAUGUGUUAGGAGACAUUGAAAAUAGAAGUCUCUUUCCCUUACUCUACAGUUAUUCGGAGGGGAGGCUUUAGCCACAAAGCAGCUUUAGGGCAGGGAAGGGGGGGAAGAAGGGGGAGGGGGUUUCUAUGUACAAAAAAAGUGUGUAAAAUCCCAAGAUUUAAAAAAAAAGUUAAGUUUCUGUACUGCAGGAAUUUUUUUUAGAGUCUUUCAUAUGCAAACAUGGAUUGUGAAUCUCCAUGGAGGCCACAAAAUCCUUUUUUCUUAGGUUUUGUGGGAAGUGUUCGGAAGGCAGAAAUGCUGUUAGCAGGGCAGGGAGUCUCCAGCCUGGAUGAUCCUGUUAGAUGUGGAAAUUAUUCUGGGCCGCGCACCUUGGGGCUAAUGUCCAGGAGGCAAGGAGGCAGCCAGUAGCUGGGAAGGAGGCCGGAAGAGAUUUCCCAGGGUGGGAGUUGGCCAACUGGAAGCCCCCAGGCCUGAGUGGCAAAUUCCAUAUGUCUGCUAAAUACUUGUUCAGGCAGUUCUCCACACACAAGUAACGAUGACUGCAUCUGUCAACAUGCUCAAAAUCCCUACUUUUAAUGUCCCAAAUUCCUUUGUCUGUAUUUGAAGAUGUGGGUUUUCAAAGCCCACAUAAUUCAGGGUGCACCAAGUUGUCAGGUCUUCAUGGUGAUAGUACUUCUUCUGUGUCUCUAGGUAAUACUAAGUAUCAGAAAUGUUGCUUCUGAGGGUAGGAGUGUUCAAAUAGAUUGUGACUAUUUGUGGUCAAUCAACCCAACGAGUCACAACCAGCAUUUAAAAAAACAAGGUAGGGGCACCUCGGUGGCUCAGUGGUUGAGUGUCUGCCCGGGGUCCUGGGAUCAAGCCCGCAUUACUGCUUCUUCCUCUGCCUAUGUCUCUGCCUCUCUCUCUGUGUCUCUCAUGAAUAAAAAAUUAAAUCUUUAGAAAAGUAAAAUAAAAACAAGAUAGAACAGGAAAGUCACAGAGUCUUAUGUGUAACAGGUAUUGUUAUAUGAAACUUUAAUUUGUAUGCAUUUGCUCAGAUGAUAUGUGUAUGUGUGUAUUCUGCAUCUGGAUCACUGAUUACAAUUUAUAUUUUAUUGUGGGCUAUUGUUAAGAAAGUUUGAAAGUCACUAAUCUGGAACAUGCAUGAUUUUUUGGAAAUUUAUUUUGAAAAGUCUCAAACCUCUAGGAAAGUUGCAAGGAUAGGAGAGUGAACACUUUGGCCAUUCACCUCAGUUUCCCAGUUGUUAUCAUUUUACUGUAUUUGCCAUAUGUAGUUUGAGUUAGUUGUAAACAUCACAGCCCUUCACCCCUAAGAACCACAGCAUGUAUUUCCUAUCAGGAACGCUAUCAUUGGUAGGAUACUAUUAUUUAAAAUAUACUCUGUAUUGAAAUUUCAA